UCAUGCAGCACCGUGCGAAUUCAAAACCAACUGUACGCAGCAAUGGUCCCGUCAGCGUAUUGGAUGCGGUACUGUAUGUGGCUCCUCCUCCAACUGAUGCUUCGCAGCCUUCAAACACACUAGUAUGUGCCAUAACAACACCAGUGCUCCUUCAAAGUUGGGGGCGCAUUUUCAACAGUGAACGCAACAAUUUGGGAACUCUGUGGCUUUUCAGUAAGACUGUGGACAGAAUAAGCAGCCAAGCAGUGGCGUUUGUUUGCAGAGGAACGUUUCCCGUUACUUUCAGCCUUGUGGACAAUAUGAAGUGCAGUUAUGGCAAAAAGGGGUAAAUCCGUGGUGAGGACCCUGGAGGAUUUGACGCUGGAUUCGGGUUACGGUGGAGCCGCGGACUCCUUCAGGUCAUCCAGCUUGUCUCUGUGCUGCUCCGAGGCGCACAUCUCCUAUGCGCAUGGAGGGCACUGCUGGCAUCUGACCGACUCCAUGCGCAGUCGACACAACAGCCUAGACACCGUCAACACCGUCCUGGCUGAAGACGGCGAGACCCUGGAGUGUUCCGGACACUGUGCGAAACUUCCCGAGCUUGAGGAUGUGCCCUGGAGCCUCGGGGAGGUGGAGAACGCGCUCAACAAGGAGGAAGAGUUGAGGUUCGGGACCGUGUCCGCGGAUCUGCUCGCGCGUCUCUCCACGCUCGUAAGCCGCGCACUGGUGAGGAUCGCCAGGGAAUCGCAGCGGCUGAGUUUGCGCUACGGCAAAUGCACCAAAUACGAAGUCCAAAGUGCCAUCAAGAUGAUCCUAUCCUGGACCAUUUCGGUCAACUGCAUCGCCGCGGCGCUCAGCGCGCUGUCCAUGUACAACAUGAGCACCGAGGAUAAAUUCAGCCGGGGGAAAUCGGAGAGAUGCGGCUUGGUCUUCUCCGUGGGGAAGUUCUUCAGGUGGAUGGUGGACAGCAGGGUCGCGGUGCGCAUCCACGAGCAUGCGGCCAUAUACCUGACCGCCUGUAUGGAGAGCCUCUUCCGAGAGGUCUUCACCCGGGUGUUGAAUAGCUCGGUGGUGGAGAAGGAUAACGGGAUCCCCAAAUUUACACUGGAAUCCUUUGAGCAGGCUCUGAGCAAUGAUUCGGAGUUGUACGGCCUCCUUUUGCCCUAUCAGCACCUCACAUGUGGGAAAAAUGCCAAUGGAAUCCUCAGUUUGCCGGACAGUUUGAGCCUGCACAGGAACCAGCAGCGCUCAAGUAAAGCUGGAGACGCCUACAGUCAGUCCGAGCAGCGGACUAUUGAGCAGUCCCUGCUGGCCACACGCGUGGGGAGCAUCGCUGAGCUCAGUGAUUUAGUGUCCAGAGCCAUGCACCACCUCCAGCCUCUGAGCGUAAAGAACCACAGCAACGGCACUCCGCUCCCUCAGAAGAGCAGCCUGAUCCACUGGGAGCCUGAGGCUUUAUAUACACUCUGCUACUUCAUGCACUGCCCUCAGAUGGAGUGGGAGAACCCCAACGUAGAGCCCUCCAAAGUCACCUUGCAGAAUGAGAGGCCGUUUCUCGUACUGCCUCCUCUGAUGGAGUGGAUCAGAGUAGCUUUGGCACACGCGGAGCACCGCCGCAGCUUUUCAGUGGAUAGCGAUGAUGUUCGGCAGGCGGCCAGACUCCUGCUGCCCGGGGUGGAUUGUGAACCCCGCCAGCUGAAGACGGAUGACUGUUUCUGCGUGUCUCGUAAGCUGGAUGCUGCCUCUACCGAGGCCAAGUUCCUGCAGGACCUGGGCUUCCGCAUGCUGAACUGCGGCCGCACUGAUCUCGUCAAUCAGGCCAUGAACUUACUAGGACCCGGUGGAAUCAACAGUAUGAGUGAACAGGGCAUGACCCCUCUGAUGUACGCAUGUGUCCGCGGUGACGAAGCCAUGGUUCAGAUGCUGCUAGAUGCAGGAGCUGACAUCAACAGUGAGGUGCCAAACACAGUGCAAAAGUACCCCUCAGUCUUCCCAGAGACCCGGCAGGCCACGCCUCUCACCUUCGCCGUACUUCACCAGCACAUCCCCGUGGUGCAGUUGCUUCUGGAUGCUGGAGCUAAUGUGGAGGGCUCUCUGCAGGACGGGAUGGAGAACUACACUGAGACGCCUUUGCAGUUGGCUGCCGCUGCAGGGAACUUUGAGCUGGUCAGUCUGCUUUUGGAGAGAGGAGCAGACCCCAUGGUUGGGACCAUGUACCGCAACGGCAUCUCUACCGCACCACACGGAGACAUGAACUCUUACAGCCUGGCCGCAGCGCAUGGACACAGGAACGUGUUCUGCAAGCUUCUGUCGCAGUCGGAAAAGGGGAAGGCAGAUGUUCUGUCUCUACAGGAGAUCUUGGCUGAGGGAUCAGAGAUGGAAGAGAGGAAUUCCCUGAAGAUGGAAGCAAGCCGCACGGGGAAGGCCAAACUCAAAGCUUUGAGAGAGGCGAUGUAUCACAGCUCUGAACACGGAUAUGUCGACAUCACAUUGGAUAUCAGAAGUCUAGGGGUGCCCUGGACGCUGCACACGUGGCUGGAGUCCCUGCGAACUUGUUUCCUACAACACCGGCGGCCGCUGAUCCAGGGUCUGCUGAAAGAGUUCAGCUCUAUUGAAGAGGAGGAGUACACAGAGGAACUCAUAACACACGGCCUCCCACUCAUGUUCCAGAUCCUGCGCGCCAGCAAGAAUGAAGUGAUUAGUCAGCAGCUGGCCAUGAUAUUUACUCAGUGCUACGGACCGUAUCCGAUCCCCAAACUUACAGAGAUCAAGAGGAAACAGACGUCAAGACUGGAUCCUCAUUUUCUAAACAACAAGGAGAUGUCAGAUGUGACCUUCCUGGUGGAGGGAAAGCCAUUCUAUGCUCACAAAGUUUUGCUCUUCACCGCCUCCAACAGGUUUAAAUCACUUUUGGCAAACAGACCAGCUGCUGAGAACACCUGUAUCGAAAUCAGCCAUGUCAAAUACAAUGUAUUUCAGCUGGUGAUGCAGUAUUUGUACUGUGGUGGAACGGAUUCACUUCACAUCAGAAACACUGAGGUUAUGGAUCUCCUCUCUGCAUCUAAGUUCUUCCAGCUGGAGGCUUUACAGAGACACUGUGAGAUCAUCUGCGCCAAGAACAUCAACACUGAAACUUGUGUGGAGAUCUACAACCAUGCUAAAUUCCUGGAGGCACCUGAGCUGUCGACCUACAUCGAGGGCUACUUUCUAAAGAACAUGGCGGUUCUCAUAGAGCUUGAGCCAUUUAAACAGUUGCUCUAUAACACCCCGGUGGAGAACUGUUGCCCCGACGUACUGCACGACCUGGAGAAAACGCUGGCCACGCGCAUUCGCUCCAUUCACCUGUCCUCCUCGAAGGGAUCCAUCGUCUAAAACUGCCUCUAGUCCUCAUCAAAGCAUGCUGAGAUCCCGACACGUGCACUUCCUAGCAGUGCGGUGUAAAUGUGUUCAUUCAGUGGCAGUAGCAAUGCACUCAUAGUUCUCCAUUGGUGAUCUCUUCUCGACAGACUUGAUCUGUGCUUUAGGUAACAGCCAUAAAGGAAACAAUGCCAUUUUACGUUUCGUCUCCAAAUUGAAUAACACAAUGUGACAGAUUAUGGUUUUCUUAGAUGCAGUACCUCUACUAACCUUGGAAUAUUGCAAUUCCACUAACUCAUUUUGAAGAAGUACAGCAGCAAAUGUGACGUGACCCAAAAAAGUGGCAGUGCAGCAAGCGGGUCAUGCUUUUUUGGUACAUUAUGGCUUAGGGGUGCAAAGAGUUAGUCCUCUGGAGUAGAAAACAACUCAAUCAUUGUCAGCACUGAUUAUAGAUGUUACUAAAUAUGCUUCCUAGAUUUGUAUUUUCGAGCAUUGAGAUGAUGCUUCGUCACAGUUGUACAGAUAUUGCUCUUAUUAUCAGUAAGCGUAUGUUUAAAAUGUGGGGCUGCCGGUGUAAAUAUCUGAUGGAAAUCUCUCACAUGGAGUAGUUUGAUCUCCAGCUGUAAGUAGAUGUAUAUAAGAUGUCAUCAUCUUGAGACUUCUGUCGAGAACUCACAAUAAUGUAUUAUAGAAGUGUUCUUGAAGUCUUGUUAACUGUUGUAAAUGUAGAUGAGCAUGUAAGUAUUUUCAUGCUUGGGUUUCGUUGCUGUCGUCAUGUCUUGCAUUGACUUUACACUCUUCUGUGUGUGUGUGAGUGUGUGUGUGUGUGCGGGGGUCUGUUUUGUCUGGGAAAAAUGAAUUAUUAUCAGCAUGGAGUUGCAGAAUUGUAGCUGUGAAUCCCCUGACUGAAACGACUGAUUCAGAAUGUGCCUGCAAUAUGUUCUGAUGUGCUGUGUCUCUAAUGACAUUUGUGUAAAGUCACUCGAUGACUAAAUCAGUGUUCUUUAUAAAGAUUAUU